AGUUUUGAGAAGGCAUUAGAUAAGCUAAGAUCCUUUUUCAGUGAAGUCAAGGACUUGGUUGCCAAGAACAAGCAACUAUCUUCUUUGGCAAAAUAUGAUAUUACUUCUCAAAUGAAGCCUCAAAGUGAUGUUGCAGCUCAGACAAAAAUGCAAGUCGGUAAGGAUGAGAAGACCUGCAAUGAAUGUAUUGAUCUAGAAUGCAACUCUCCAAAGGAUUCACGGAGUUUUGAGGCUUCAUCUAUGACCUUUUCCAGUGAAGAUCGAGAUGCAAUCAUGGUCCAGGAAACACCAUUUGUGAAUACUGGUAUCUCUUUAGCUAGUCCAGGUUCCUUAACCAAGGAUGGUAGCUGUGGUUCAACAAUAAUUCAGGCCUCAGCUAAGUCUCCGGAUCAAUUUUCUUUUCAUCUACUGUCAACAAGCCUGAAUGAAGUUCCUUCGUUCGUGGAUCCAAGAAAAUAUUCACCCAUGAAAAUGAUGCGAAUCAGAACACAGCUGGGGAGAUACCAAGAAACGAAUCACCUUUGAAUCUUGGUGUUUGUUCGUAUAUCCAGAAAAGGAGAAAAUCCAUAGCUUCAACUUUCAUUAACCUUGUUGAUGAAGAAGACUGUUACUCCUGCUCAAAUUCCAGGUUCCAUGAAUUUUGAGGGACUAGCCAAUGGAGAUAUGUUUCGCAGGAUUGAAUUUGGUUUUGAAACUAGCGCAGCUGAAAAAAGUCAAAUGUUCCACAGCCAUUGGCAAUCGAUAAUACUAAUUUCUCUUGUUCUGUUAUGGAUAAACGACUACAAAUUUCCUGUUUACUCUGCAGAAGCCCUUUAGGCCGCCCUGAAAAUCAUUUGUAUAUCAGUUUCUCAUUGACCGUUCUUCAAAAGUCUACCUGUUAUCACUUUUCAAAGAGAUUAAUUUCUUGCGAUUCAAAUACGCCGCCAACUGUACCAGUUAUCAUAACUGACAUUUCAUCAGUUGAUCCAAGAUUCUGCAAUGGAACUCUUGAACGUGACAGAGAACAGGACAUUUGGCGUGAAGAAGAUGGGUGUGUAUUCAAAAAGGUCUUCUGCCCCUUCUGCAGCAACCCUAACAAUUGUCUUGGCGUGCAAAUCAAAGCAGCCGAUGGAAAAAAAUGUGCAGUUGCUAAACAAGAUAAUGCUUUACCAUGGAAGUGUGGUAAAUAGAAAUUCUGAAG